UCAGGAGUCCUCAAUCUCCAUCUCAGUCAGCUCCGGUGAGGGUCUUUUGCGGUGUGUUCAUCGAGGAGAACCAUUCAUGCACGGCGAAACGUGGGACGUAGACGAAUGCACUGCCUGUUCCUGUGAUAACGGUACGAUUACCUGUGUGACUGAGGGUUGCCAGCCAGCAUUCUGCAUUUCACCAGUAAAACCUGAAGGAGAAUGUUGCUUACUCUGCCCAUACAAUGUCGUGGUGAAGAAAGUCCGGCCUGAAAUCACAAAUGGAGAUACCUUCACAGAGGAAGGGGACAAUCAAAUAAGCGUUAAGGUUUCCAUCAAGUUUCAUGAUGCCACGGACACCACCGGAGUCUCAGGAGAAGACCUUUGGAAGCUUUCUGCUUGGGCUUCAGCCAACCCAGACGGCAAUGGACCAAGGAUUGGAUUCGAAGAGGACAUUCUAGAUCUGAAACAAAAAGACCAGUCCUUGAAGAGAAGAGAAAAAAUCGAGUUUACCAAUCUGGACUUCUCCUUUUCCGACCCAAUGGCCGAAUGCGUAGACAUGAAGUAUAUCUGUGUGAGGAUCGAGAGGGGAGAUGACCCAAGGACUACCGGGUACAUUGGCUAUACUUUAGGAGGAUACCCUGGCCCCAAUGCACAGACUGGUUGUACAAGAGCUCCAGAAUGUCGACGUAGUCAAGGUACUAAUUUGUUUCGUUCGCUACUGUCAAAAGUAUUUCAGCAUACUCGUAAAUAGAGGUUUACGAAUGUAUUUGUUGACUCAGUCCCGACUGCUGAUUAACAAUGUAAUGGAGCGUAGUAUUCAAUAUCCGUAACUGAAUUCAGAAAAUCAUUCGUACCAAU